AUGGAUGUUUAUAAUGGGGAGCAUACAUCUUUUUGGUAUGAUUCUUGGUCUCAGCUUGGAUGUUUAAAGGAUGUAUUGGGCAGAGGAGGGAAUUUGGCUAUGGGUAUUACUGAGGAUUCACAUGUUGCUGAUGUUUUAAUGGGACACCGUAGACGAAGACACAGACUGAGUAUUCUAAAUGAGGUGGAAGAAGAAAUUGAGAAGGUCCAAAAUAGGAGAAGUGAAAAAGACGAUAUCCCUCUUUGGAAGCAGAAUGGAAACACUUUUGCAAACAGUUUCUCAACAAAGAAGACUUGGCAGUCUAUGCGUCAAGUUCAGCCG